CUGAUCUCGUCAGGUUUCACCUUAACAUGGAGCACCUCAGACAUUUUUUGGAUCUUCGCUUCCCUUUUCGGGUACCUCGUUCUCACGUUUAUUAAGAGUGGAGGAUGGAGGAGAAUUUAAAGGGAAUCGACGGUGAACGAAAUCAAGAGGAGAGAAGUUUCUUUGACUCCUCUUGGUGGAACCCCGAGUUUGUUUCUUCCUGUUCGGCAAAGGAGAAAGUUUGUAUCUCGAUUGGACUCUGCAGUAUUUCUGCACUAAUUUGGGUGAUAGCCUGUCUUUUGCUUCUGUGCAAACGAUGCAGAACGAAGGAAAGGAAUGUCGGCGAUACCGCAGCCAGUGCACUCUACUGCUUCCUUGGAAACCUGAGCGGCACUCUGGGGGCCUUCUUAUCCAACCAACUGCCGAUCCAGGUAUUUAUGGGUGUGCUCCUGGCAACGCUGGAUGUUCUACGUUUGAUUUUCAUAAUCCUACCCUUUAGUGGCAAAACUGAGAGAAUGAUAAAGAUCUUGAAGAAGCGGAGGAGGCAGAAUAUCUUUGCCCUCUCUCUCCCCUUGGUUUUGGGAGCAGGGAUCUUCGCAUGCCACGGUCUGUAUCACCGGCAGGGGGACAGCGCCCCCGUCAGGCGACGCCUGCUCAGUUUAGAUUUACAGGAUAGUUCUGAAAUCCUGGGUUAUGCCCUUGGUCUGCUGGCGUUUGUGAUUGGCUGGACCUCCAGGUUCCCCUCUCUUACUAAAGCUCAUCAGGAGAGGAUGACCUCGGCGGUGUACGUGCUGUUCGGCACGCUGUGCGUGCUCGCGAACGGCCUCUACGGCUCGGCCAUCCUGGUGUACGACGCGCGCCCGCAAUCUGCGCUGAGAGCGUUACCGUGGUUACUCGCCUCCCUCGGCUGCGCCGCCUUUGACGUGGUUAUCCUGGGACUGUGCUGCUUCAGAAAGAUCCAGGGACAGGGGACCCCCCAGCCCUGCGACCCCACAGACACACAGUCUCUCCUGGGCAGCUCCCCUCUGAACCCCCCCAGCACAAAACACCCACUCAGGCAGAUUUCCCAGAAGAUUUCCUCCAAAAAGAAAUCUUUUUUGGAUUCGAAAAAUAAAUCCAUUCAGAUGCUUCGCCUUAAAGGUAGUCCGAAGAAGAGCGGAGAGAUCGGACACUAUCUGGACAUCAACAUCCACCCGGUCCAACCCGUGCCCAAGGUGUUCCUGAAGCAGGUGAAGAUCUCCAGGGAGGGCCUGGCCGGAGGUCUGCCGCAGAGGAGGACGGGGAAGGAGCAGGAGGAGCAGGAGUCCUCCUCCGACAGCUCUUCAGCCUCCUCCUCCCUCAACCCGGACCUGGAGGUGAGCCCCGAGUUUGGGACAGAGUGUGGGGGUCCUCGGGGUUCGGUCCAGAGCGGCCCUGGUCUGAAGGAGAAGUGGGAUUUUGAAGAAGCAAACGCUCACUGGAACAAAGUUCAAAAAAAGCUGAAAAAAACAGAAGUUUUCCCGCUCCGGGAUUGGAAGGUUCAUUUCGGAAUAAAACCCAGCAGCCAAACAAAGUGCGAUUCGGUCCAAAGAGUCGGACGUGUAGAGAAGAGAAGCGGUGUCACUGCGGGUGACCAACAAGUAAAUGAAUGACCAAUGGGACAACAGUUUGCAGCCAAUGGUAAAUAAAGGACCAAUGGGAGAGCUCCGUGCAGUUCAUGGCAAUUGUAUGCAAUGUUCACAUUCAAACGGAUUGCUAUCAUUUUGUUUUACUAUGGUAAACUGUACCUUUGUUAAAUUACAUUUGAAGGCAAUAAAAAAAGUGUAAACAUGAAAAUAAUGUAUUCAUGUUUUACUGUGCCACUUGUAAAUGAUGGCCUUUCAGUUAUAUCGUUAAAGGUACAAUCGGUAAGAUUUUCGUGUUAAAACAUUGUUACAAGACCAUUGUAAAUACCUUCCUAUCAUUUGAAAAAGGCUCACUGACAUGUUGACUCACGCUCUGCCUGUGUUUAUAGUCCUUAAAUUACCCAUUGUACCUUUAAGGUACUAUUUUGAUCCACCAUGCAUCAUAUCCAUUGUAUCAUAAGAAUCCAAUAAAUUAUGAAAUGUU